AUGGCACGCCAAUUAAUUGUUCUUGCUCUCAUAUCUAUUGCCCUCAUUGGGUUUGUCUCGGCCGCGAAUGCUGCUAAAUCCCCUGCUUCUUCCCCAUCAGGGGCCGAAGCACCCAAAUCUGGCCAUGCCCCGAACGCUGCACCCAAAGCUGCUCCAAAAGCCGCACCAAAGGCUGCACCCAAAGCCGCUCCAAAAGGUUCACCAAAAGCCGCACCUCCACCAAAAAAUAAGAAAACACCGGUCUCUUCACCUAAGCCUUCAGAUGCAUCCUCCCCGUCUGACUCAGACAAGGCAUCAUCCCCACCAGCUCCAUCAAAGGAUUCCAGCACUACAUCAGAUGGACCAGCAUCUGAUGCAGCGCCAGCUGAUGCACCAUCGUCAGGAGCCAGCUUGAAGUGCUCAGCGGCGACAGGUGCAAUGGCAAUUGCUAGUUAUUUCUUUUUCUAG